AGUGGCUCAUGCAGCCAGCUAUGGCUGCAGGGUUUUGGUAGUACAUGUUGUUUAUGCAAAUUUAUUGUGAAAAUUCCGUGACAGUUCCUAUGAUUGCUUUUUCAUUGCUUUCAUGGCUUUAUUUUGGUGAUUUCGAAAAGUGUAUUGGUUUAGCCAUGUUUGUGUUGUUGUAGUACAGAGUUAGACUGAUGGCCUUAAUCUAAGUUGUCUUAUGGUUGUUGGUUGUUUGACUUGCAUCCCACUGGGAUUUUUGCACACCGCAUUGGUGUACGGUGUUUUUUUCUGCAAUAUUUUGCUGUCUUUUCUUGGAUUUUCUGUUUGCACUUAGUCACACAGUCACUUUAAGAUGUUUUGUGUUUGUUGCGGUUUCACCCGAUUCAAGAGCCGAAUGGCUCACAGAGCUCUAUACCUAAUCAAUGAGCUUGUCCUCACCCAACAUGGCCGCUGCUGCCUCUGCUGGGCCGAGUGGCCGCGGCUCCGCCCUCUGGGUCGCGGAAAGCUGCACGCGGAAACCGCUGCAAUUAAAUUUAUUUAUCUUUACAAACAAUUUCCCUGGAAAGUCGUCGGUGAUUUUUGUUUCUUUUUCUCUUUCUCUACAAUUUUCUUUUAAAAAUUUUAAAGUCGCACCUUUUCGCCCAAGAUUUGAUUAAGCACCGAGUUUGAGCUCCAACGCAGUAGAGAAGAAAUGGAGCCUCCCGAUGCCUCCUACAAGGAGCUCAAGGAGGCAUUCGUGAGUAACCUCAAUGGCACGGACGUCAGCGAGAUCGCCCUCCUGCUCACCAUCCUCCCUGCGGGAGACCUCUGUCGCGGCCUCCUGGGGCUCUUCUGGGCAGGCUCGGCAAGCGCAGGGGUGGCGUUUGUCCGCGACUUCCUGCUGCUCGUGCUGCCUUACACGCUGAGCACGACGGUGCUGGCGCCGCACAUCAGCACGGUGCUUGUAGUCCUCCUGGCUGCCGCCGUCACGCUGACGGGCCUGCUGCUGCUCCUGCAGCGAUCGCUCAAGUGCCGACGCAAGGCGGAAACAGCCUCUGCAACCGCCGAUGCUGAAAACGUCAACGACAAAACCGGCCAGCACCUAUUCCUGUCAGAGGAGGGCCACGUGCGCUGCCUCACCCAGUUCCGCGCCUACACCAACCUGCUGACGGUUGUGUGCAUCCUCGCCGUCGACUUCCGCGCCUUCCCGCGCCGCUUCGCUAAGACGGAGAUGCACGGCACGGGCCUCAUGGACCUCGGCGUUGGAACCUUCGUGCUUUCCAAUGCCCUUGUGUCGCCCGAGGCGCGCAACGUGCUGAGCGACAAGCGCGGCGGGCGCAGCGUGACGAAGCAGCUCCUGGCAGUGUGGCCACUGCUGCUGCUGGGGCUGGUGAGGCUGGCGAGCAUCAAGGGCAUGGAUUACCAGGAGCAUGUCACCGAGUACGGCCUCCAUUGGAACUUCUUCUUCACCCUCGCGCUCGUGCGGGUGAUGUCGGUGCUGGUGAGCGCGUGCGGCGUGCGGCGCUACUGGGUGGCAGCAGUGCUGCUGGCCGUCUCGUACGAGCUGGCGCUGCACAACCUGGGCCUCAAGUCGCUUGUGCUGCUGGGCUGGGACGGCACGGGCGGGCGCGACGACCUGCUGAGCGCCAACCGUGAGGGUAUCGCGUCCGUGUGUGGAUACCUGGCGCUGUACGUCGCCGGCGUGCAUGUCGGAAGCUACCUGCACCGUGUCAGCCACUCGUGCCUGGGCCUGAGAGACUGUGUGCUCGUGGUGCUCACGAUGUUGUCCGGCGUCACGAUGCUGUGGGUCGCGCUGCUCUUGUGCCGGAGCGGAGUGGACAACGUCUCGCGCCGACUCGCCAAUCUCGCCUUCGUGCUCUGGACGCUGGCCCAGAGCAUCCUCUUCAUCUCCACCGCCAUGCUCUUCGACCUCCUGCUCGUGGGCGUGACGCGACUGGUCGGAGGUGGUCACGCGGCGAGCGUCCCGCAAGUCGACGACGGGAUGCCAGUGCACAAAGGUCGGCAAAGGGUCGCCCCCUGCUGGGCAGACUCCCGCGAGCUGGCACGCCGGGCUGGUCGGUCGGAUGUGGCGGGGGCAGAAACAGCGGGCGGCACCAGCGGAAAGGUCGCGGGCUGCGCCGACGGCGGAGGGAAAUCGUCGACCCGACCGCCGCCGAAGCACUGCCUGCUGGCAGCCAUCAACCGCAACCAGCUGUUCUUCUUCCUCAUCUGUAAUCUGUGCACGGGCCUCGUGAACGUGUGCACCGACACGCUGGCGGCGUCCGACUCGAAAGCCACCGCAACAAUGACGCUCUACCUGCUGACAGUGACGCUUAUCACCUUCGUGCUGCACCUGCGCCAGGUCACGCUCAAGUGCUGGUGAUGAGCGGUGCUGCAGUCACGGGGGGUGGCCGGGUGGGCCGGGAGGUUGCGGGUCGUAGAGAGAAAUGCUGGGCCAGCACCGCUGAUGAUGCGGGUUUGUGAUUAUGUAGCUAGGUUCUCUCAAGCGCAGGGAGUUGAUGGCCUCUGGCCCGAUGGCCAAUGAAUGCGCACAAAAAAAACUACGAACGUAAGUUUGGGUUUUAACUUAAUUUGGCUAAAUUCCAGCUCUGUGAAUUUCGAAUCGUGUUCGAAUUGGGAUUUCUUGGGUUUUGGUGGCAGGGUCGCUCAGAGGUCAGACGAUGAGAUGGUCGCUUUGACUUCCUGGGUUUUGAGUUUCUCACCCGCCUACAACCCCGACUGUUUGCAAACCAUUAACUUAAAGUUGGAUUUUCACUUUAUUUUGCAAAAAUGUAAGCUCUUAGAAUGAAAAAAAAAUCCAUUGACCACCGUACGCCUAAGUUUGAAUCCCAGCAGGCACUGAUAAUUAAACUGGGCAUGUUUAUGCUCUCAGCAUGGUCACCAAUGACUACAAAAAAAAUAUCACUUUAAAGUUGGUUUGUAACUUACAUUUUAUACAUUUCGAGUUGACAUCCAUCUGAUGAACAUUUCGUAGGUGGGCAUGUGGGAAAGUGUGCUGUUUAUUGUGUGGAUACAAAAGGUGACUUUGACAGUAACUCGGAAGUAGUUCUGCAAUAUCUGCAUUUGCGGGCCAUUCCAUAGCAUGGGGGUGAUGCACUACUCUGUAAGUUCUGAGGGGAAUUUCAUCUCAUAACCAGAUGGAAAUAGCACAAUUGGAAGCAAAAUUUGGAAAAAUAAAAAUUAGUAAGAUGUAAAAAUAUAUAACCCAUAAAACAUUUUGUGACAAUUUUAUUACAUUAAUAAAAUAAUAUCGAAACACAGCAAUGCAGCAAUUUAUGUCUGCUUGUAUAUUUAAAAAACCUGCUUAAUCACCUUGAAAUCAAGGCUCUGAGCUCCAGAAUGGUGUGCCGCCCUUGUUGCUGUUGUCACUGCCGGACGUAUAUGCAUGUAUGUUGAACUUCUUUCGCACUGUACAUAGCCAACCGUGCCAAUCGGAGGUGUAGGGGAAAAAAAAGCAGUUCUAAAGAAAUUAGUUUGUCAAUCUAGAUGAUUUAAAAGGGCUUCCUAAUAUCGGAAGGAAGACCGUUCCAGACAGCCACAGAAGUACGUUUGAAAGCGCUCGAUGGCAGUGACGGCCGUCUUUGUUUGAUGGCCAGCCAAAAUCCGCUGCUGUGAGGAUGAUCGGAAUUUGCGUGAUGAUGGUUUAUGCUCCUUUCUGAUUUUGGUGGACGAUGGCCUUAUUCUUCCCUUCCUUUCCUUAACCAUUCUUGUCCAGAAGUGCCCUCUGAACGUUGCGAUGUCGUCAAUUCUGCCGCCACCUGUUCCACCAUCUUUCGCUUCCCUCGCCUUCUCUCGGCAUCUACUUCCGUAGUUAAUUGUAGGUCUCUCUUCUCAAGUUCUCAUACCGUGGGUCUACGCAUUCCAAUUUAUUUUGUACUAGCGGAAAGUACCUGGCGUUGCUCGGUUCUUUAAAAUAUUUCAAAACUACUCUUAAAAAUCUAACAGCAGUGCGUACUGUGGUGGUACCUGCUAUGAUUACAGCAGUGCAUACUGUGGUGGUGCCUGCUUUCACUGCAGCAGUGCAUACUGUGGUGGUACCUGCUAUGAUUACAGCAGUGCAUACUGACUGUGGUGGUACCUGCUAUCACUACAGUAGUACAUGCUGACUCUAUAACAGUAUUUAUCUACUCUAUAGCACAAAGUACUCACCUGACAAGAGUGGCGUGGUGAGGCCUAGUCCCGUGUAGAGCCUCCUGCCUUGCCUAGAUUGUCCAGCCGGCCGAGGUGGAACUUUGGCAGGCUGGGGCUGGGCUGCUACCCUUGACCGCCCCCCUCCCCAGCCACGAUCUCCCCGGCCGCUCUGCAGUAAUAUCUACGGCCUAUAGUGGUAGCAUCUAGCGACUGUAUAUAGUUGUAACUGCACGCAUCGGGGUGGGGGGGGACAUCACACAGUGAAGAUUUAAGCUCAGCGUUUAGUGUUUUUUAAUAGCAUUUUUAACGCGAAAGAAAAUGCCCCCCUCACUCCCACCGAAGGCGUGCGACUUGUCAUGGGGUUGUCUUCCUAGCAGCUGAUUGGUUGGUGCAGUGGAAGUGAUGACAUUCCUAGCAACCACUGCCAUGCCCCCCGAUCUGAUUAGGGGCGUACAUAUGUACUACUCUAAGAUGUUUUACGUUUUACCUUGCAGCUCUGUACUCGGGCCACUGAUGGCUUUUGACUCGCAAUUCUCUUUCUUUUAAUGGAUAAAACUUCAAACGCAUGUCGAACAGCUUAUGUAAUUACAGAUACUUUAUACUACAACGAGCUUUACUACCUAGCUUCGCCCGGGACUUGGAUUCACCACACCCGGCCGCCUUUGUCCUCCCAGUGGCGAUGUUCACACACCACACGAGUUACUCGUUUGAGGCUGAAUCGACCUAGGGGAGGCCCAGGACCGGUUAAAAUAAUCGUCACCGGUGGUGGCCGUGAGCGGGAAUCGAACCCAGGUCGCCGGGUUCGUAGUGCAGCGUGCUAACCACUACACUACUGCUCCCCCCCACACACAUGCGCGUCCAUAGGUGCACAUACAUGCGCUUGCAGCAGACACACACAACUUUCAGGGUGCGUACGGCAGUAAACGACUGAAAUAAUAAAGCAAUGCUGCGCGAAGAACGCCUUCGACCUGCAACACAUUUGUAUGGCACUUUACUCACGGAGGGUUGGGGGGGGGUGCGUGACAUCAGCAGGCACACUGUGUUACGCUUCCGCAUGCGGGUGACAUGACAGAUGUGACGUCACAGCUCACUUGCCGUGCAAAAUAUUUGCAUUAUUGCGCCCCCCCAAAAUGUAUAAUUUUUGCAUGGUGUACAGUCUGGAAAAUACCCACAUGCCAAAUUUCAAGUUUGUUGCAUGUCGAACAAACACACAUAUUCACAAAUUUCCCUUUUAUAUAAAAAUAUAUAUAGAUUACAUUGUGUUGAACUGAUCGUCAUCACUAUUAACUUAGGACCCAGGCGAGACACCAUACAGUUGCAUUUACACGCCCGUUUUUGUCAGGAAAGAAAAUACUUUAUUGGAAGUAGUACACAGCAACAAAUUAACACAAAUUAAAACCCAAAAUCCACACCACAAUAAAUGACAGUACCUUAUUACAAAAUAAUAUGUCGUGUUAAUGAUGACCGCGUUGAGUUGUGUUUUUUACUUGAUAUUCCAACUCGACCUUAAACGCCCUUCGACCAAUCCAGAGGGCACCCGGUUUCAAUUUGCUGGCACAGCAGUAGAAGCGGUGCUCAAGUUUGCAGAAUUCCCCACCUCUUGUAAGACCACAGUUUGCUGAACAGCGGCUCGCACGCUCCAAGGCAAAGUCUGGGUACUCGCAACUAUUCCAAGACAUCUUGUAAGAGUAGGCCAAAUAUCCUCGAGUUCAGACCCGAGUCUAUGCCUCCUUUAAAAAGAAUAAUCUCCACCUAUCUCCUUGGUGUACACACACACACGGCUGGCUAUUGGCUGCAGUUUACACCAAGUUUUGUACCAAGAAAACAGCGCAGCGUUGUGACGCAUUGCGAGAUUUUAGCGAGCGAAGCGUGGAACGCUCGGGAGAACGGGAAUGCGGUCCUCUCCAUUUAAUUGUGCGGAUUGUGAAUGUGUCAUUUAAAUAUGCCAAAAAUAUAAUCGGGGACAAUGUUAAGGUGUCCUUUAAAGCAGAAGUCUUCAACUGGUUGCCUGUGGGCCAUAUCUGGCCUGUGAGAGGCUUUUGGAGUGGCCCACUUAGUUAUGGCCCACCGAGAGAUAAUAAAUACAGAUUAGUGAGAUAAAAUAUACAGAUCCAAAAUAAAGGCAUUUUUUGGGGUUAAAAGGUGAUUAGUUACUACUCAGCACGUAAACAUUGUAAAUUGUAAAUAUUUACGUGACAAACCUUACACUAAUUGGCUGUGCCGGGUGGUGGUGAGUUAAGGAUACAUUUAUAUUUACACGAUCUAACCCGGAACAAAAAAACUCCUUAAUCAUGGAUAAUAUUGUUCGCGAAAGCCUACGUGUUAAACAAAUAUACAGAUGAGAUGGAUGACAUUUUUAUAUAUUAUUGGUCACGUGUACAGAUAUUAUUUUACCUCACAACUGUGCGAUGUUAUAUAACGUCUACAAGUGAAAUUACACGAUGUCACGUGACCAGCCAACACUUGAAAUUUAUUGUGGCCUGCUGCAAAUAAAGUUGGGGGACAAUUGUUUUAAAGUAAUGUUUUCAAGUGGUGUUUUAAAUCUCGUUUAUGCAACCAAUGUGUUUAUUUUUUUACGUAUUUUCAUGGGACUGUUGCCGGGUGUUUCAGUGUUUUCUCUUUUCUUAUUUGUAUUGGUUAUAUUAUUGUUUCAAUUUAGGUGUGAUACCACUGGAUUUCUGUAAAAAAAAUGAUUUAAUAUAAUAACAAUAAAGAAUAAUUUAUCAUAAGAUUACACCCAA